AUAGAUUAUUGUAGGGAUAGAGAUCUGAACACAACGCUCCCAACAAUUAGCCGCACAUUGGAAACAUUUCCUUUUGUCACCUACGCAACUGUACUUUGGACCUAAUGGUUGGGACUCUGGUUGGUAGCAGAUCUUCACUUUUUUGUAGUAUAUUAUAUUACACUACCAUAACCAUUAAUUCAGCAGUAGACUCCACUUCGAUACUGGCAUUCAAUUCGACAGACACCAAAAGCUCUUAUCAGUUGUCGGAAAAUUCUUCUCCGAUCAAACAUUUCGGUGAAGCAACCUAGCUUUUUUCUCUCUUUCUCUUUCUCUAUGUAGAAAUCCCUCUGUUAGCUCUUUGUUUAGUGAGGAAAUCCAAAAAAAAAAAUGGCUCUGUCUCUCUCGCCACAUGCUUCCAAACACGCCGCCAUUUCUACUGCUCUUCCAUCUUCUUAUUCCUGUACCCUAAUUUUUGUGAUCUUUCUCUGUAUGUUAGGGCUGUAUACCCUAAACCACACUCACACAAGGACACCCGUCCGAAGUACCGAAAAUGCCCUUCGUUUUCAAGAAAUUUUCCUCGCUUCAUCCACUAACUAUACCAUCUCUUCCUACCUCCGAGCUCUUACCGUUCACCCCCACCUCGCCGGCACCGAACCUGCAAUACAGACCACCGAAUACGUGCAAACCCAUUUCAGGGAUUUGGGCCUCGAGACACACACGGAAGAGUUCGAAGCUCUGCUGUCUUAUCCUGCGCAUGCCUCACUUUCGCUGCAUUUUAGAGACGGGACGUGGAAGAAGCUGUCCUUGACUGAAGCUGGUCAUGUGGGUAAGGUUGUGGUGCCUUACCAUGCAUACUCCCCAUCUGGGUCGGCCUUCGCUAAGGCGGUUUUUGUUAACUACGGUGGUGAAGAGGACUACCGUAAGCUGGAGGCGCUGGGGGUGGAAGUUACCGGGUGCGUGGUGAUUGCCAGGAGAGGGGAGAUCUCAAGGGGAACGGUGGUGGAGAAGGCGGCAGAGAAAGGGGCCGUGGCGGUGCUAUUGUACGCCGACGGGGAUACGCUUGGUGGGGUGGAAAGAGGGACGGUGAUGAAAGGGUUGGGCGAUCCCCUGACGCCUGGUUGGGCCGGUGUUGAAGGUGGAGAGAAGCUGGGUUCUGAGGACGGAGAGGUAAAGAAAAGAUUCCCGAAAAUUCCAUCCAUGCCCAUCUCUGCUGAGAAUGCUGAGACUCUCUUGAGGUCGCUGGAAGGGGCUCGGGUGCCCUACGAGUGGAGGAGUGAUGCCCUACGUUCCAGGGUGAGCAGGGUCGGUCCAGGCCCGACGCUAGUGAAUUUCACUUACCAGGAGGAGAAAAAGAUGGUGACAAUUCGUAACAUCUUUACAGUCAUAAGGGGCUGGGAAGAACCUGAUCGCUAUGUUCUCCUUGGGAACCAUAGAGAUGCAUGGACAUAUGGUGCUGUUGACCCGAAUAGUGGAACUGCAGCCCUACUUGACAUUGCUCGCCGAUAUUCCCUCAUGAUACGUUUAGGAUGGACCCCUCGGAGGACUAUUAUUCUCUGCAGCUGGGAUGCAGAAGAGUUUGGAAUGGUGGGAUCUACUGAGUGGGUUGAGCAGAAUCUUGUGAAUUUGGGUUCAAAAGCUGUUGCUUAUCUUAAUGUUGAUUGUGCUGUUCAAGGAACAGGAUUUUUUGCUCGUGCAACUCCUCAACUAGAUAAUGUUCUUGUUGAGGUUGCAAAGAAGAUCAAAGAUCCUGAUACUGAGGGCAUGACAGUAUAUCAGAAUUGGGCUGCUACAAAUACAGGAAUCAAUAUCCAGCGGCUCAGUGGAGUUGAUUCAGAUUAUGCUCCAUUUUUGCAACAUGUUGGGGUUCCUUCUGUUGAUAUGUAUUAUGGAAAAGAUUAUCCAGCAUAUCAUACUGCUUUUGAUUCUUAUGACUGGAUGAUAAACUAUGGAGAUCCAUUCUUUCAGCGACAUGUGGCUGUUUCUGGAAUGUGGGGGCUUUUAGCUCUUCGCUUGGCUGAUGAUUCAAUCUUACCUUUUAACUACCUCUCUUAUGCAGCUCAGUUGCAUGAAUAUACAAAUGUAUUGAAUCGUUUUUUGGAUGGUAAUGUGUCUCUACUUCCUAUUACUACAUCUAUUCAUGAACUUGCUUCUGCUGCCAAAGGAGUUGAAGAAGCAGCAAAGAAACUGAGAGAGCAAGAGACCAAGGAUGACUUGGAGCUGAAGAGACGUUCAUUGAAUGAUCGUCUGAUGCUUACAGAGAGAAGUUUCAUAGAUGCAACGGGUCUUCAAGGAAAGCAAUGGUUCAAGCAUCUGGUGUAUGGACCUUCCAACGACUACCAAAGCAAACUGGAUUUUUUCCCCAGCAUCGCCAAUGCCUUUUCUGAUGCUGCAAGAUUGCCUAGGGAAGAAGCAAAAUCAGCAAUUCAACAUGAGAUAUGGAGGGUUGCCAGAGCUGUUCGAAGGGCUGCUAGUGCUCUGAAAGGAGAACUUACUUGAAAAAGAUGAUGCAAAAGAAAGAUAUCUGUCGAUAUGUAAAUACUCCAGGAUUAAAAGGUCUUUCCUCAAAUUUUUCUCAACACCAAAAGGGAUAUGGUUCUUGGAAUUCCAGUCCCAGAGAAUGUAGGCACGUUAUGUCUCCGCUUCCUUUUUAAUGUUCAAAUUUUGUCCCCAAAAUGAUGGAAUUAUGAAGGUAAAGGAAAAGAAAAGAAUGGAAAUAAGAAAGUAUCCAACUUUAUACUA